AUGAAGUAUUCAACAUCUCCUACUCCUAUGAGUAACUAUCCUCGGAGUACGUCUCCGUUGCCAGCACCGGCUAACUAUAGCAAUUAUCAGCCUACAACAGCUAGUGCGGCCGCUAAACGUUACAAGUACAUCAGAAGACUAUAUAAAUUCAAUCAGAUGGACUUUGAAUUUGCUGCAUGGCAAAUGGUUUAUCUGUUUGUUGCUCCACAAAAAGUUUUUAGGAAUUGCAAUUAUAGGAAACACACAAAAUCCCAGUUUGCGAGAGACGAUCCAGCUUUUCUAGUAUUACUCAGUGUUUGGCUACUAUUGUCAUCAAUAUGCUUCGGUUUGGCGAUGAACAUGACAGCAGCGAACGUGGUGGUCUUCGUUAUAUUUGUGGUGUUCGUUGACUUCAUCGGUGCAGGACUGCUUGUCUCUACGAUUUUCUGGUACGUGAGCAACAAGUACCUGCGCCGUGACCCGGACGGGCCUGACGUGGAGUGGGGGUACGCCUUCGACGUGCACAUAAACGCCUUUUUCCCCCCGCUGUCACUGCUACACUGUUUCCAAAUUGUCCUCUUUAACAGUCUGCUAUUCCACGGCGGUUUCCUCUCGUGUCUGGUCUCCAACACGUUUUGGCUGGCGUCCAUCAUCUAUUAUUUAUACAUCACCUUCUUAGGAUACAGUAGUUAUGGAAAAGUUUGUGAUAAUGACGUGCCGGUACUGCAGAACGCGCGAGUAUUCCUGUUGCCGCUACCCCUCUUGUUCAUCACAUACUUCGUGACCAUACUGAUGGACUGGAACCUCAGUUCUAUGCUUAUGUAUUUCUAUAAAAUGCGAGUAAUAUAG